UCCAGAAAAAACCACGGAGCAGCACCCAUCCCUAGCACUCCGGGGCUCGUGGCCCAAGAAGGGAUGCAAGACAAGCUCUUCCCAGAGGGGUCAGCCAUCAGAAUCAACCAGCUCAGGCAGAAGGACCUCUGACUUAUCUAUGCAGUUUCUUUUUUUUUUUUCCUUUUGCAAACGAACAAUCCCUGGAACAAAUAAAGGGUUAAUAGACCAGCUAUUGCCCCGCCCUUUGGGAGCCGGAGGGAGCAGGUUUGAAAGUUCCAGUGUGCAGAAGGGGAGACUUGAGGUGGGGGGCGCUCAAUAUUUCUGCAAAGCGCCUGCACCGCUGGCAACGUGGCCGGCUUCUGAGCCUGAGAGUUGGCGGUGAGCGAUCCCCGCCGCCCCGAGGCUGGGUCGGGGCUUCCCCCGCAAGGGAUCCUAGGCGAGAACGCCGGGUGCUGCCGCCGGGGCCAGGAGGAGUUGGAGUCAGCUGGGGAGGCGUCGUCUCCCUGGGCUGUCACCCAGAAGGGGCCGGGAGCCGAGGCGGGCGCAGGGCGAGAGCGCAAUUGGAGAGGUGGCCGCCGCGAGUUGCACGGGGCGCUGAGGCGUUCCCCAUGGUGGUGCAUCUCGCAGAAGACUAGGCGGUUUAUGCAACAGUACCCUGCUCCUGCACUGCCAAGGCUAUGCGAGAACGCGGUCAGGACAGCCUGGCAGGACUCGUGCUGUAUGUAGGAUUCUUCGGACACCCCGGGAUGCUGCACAGGGCCAAAUACAGCCGCUUUCGGAACGAGUCCAUCACCUCCUUGGACGAAAGCUGCCCCGGAGGAGGCUCAGUCGGGAACAAGGGCUCGCAGCAACCUCCCUACCCCGUCCUAGCACCUCACCUGCCGGCUGAAGAUGCCACCUUGGCGCCCCAGGAGAGCCCCACCCCACUGUGCACCCUGAUCCCUCGCCUGGCCAGUGUGAAGCUGGCCAACCCCGCCACCUUGCUGAGUCUGAAAAACUUUUGUUUGGGUACCAAAGAGGUGCCCCGGCUGAAGCUCCAGGAAAGUCAGGAGCCUGCUCCCAGCAGCCCGGCUUCUCCAGAGACCAGUCUAAAUCGGGCUGGGUCUGCACCUCAGCCACAGCCGCCGCCGUCCCAGCGGGAGCUGGCGGGGCACCGGGCUGCUGCCUUAACUCCACAUGCCUGUCCCUUCCCUGGGCCUGCGGAUCCAGCCCCCGGGAGCAGGCAGGACAGGCACUUUCUGCAGCACCUGUUGGGGACUGGCAUGAACUACUAUGUGAGGUACAUGGGCUGCAUUGAAGUGCUGCAAUCAAUGAGGUCGCUGGAUUUUGGCAUGAGAACCCAAGUUACAAGGGAAGCAAUAAGUCGCCUGUGUGAUGCUGUCCCUGGGGCCACCAGAACCAUUAAAAAGCGAAAGCCUCCAGUUAAGUUCCAAUCAACAGUUCUUGGCAAAAGUAAUCUGCAGUUUUCGGGAAUGAAUAUAAAACUGAUCAUCUCAACCUGCAGCCUCACAUUGAUGAAUCUCGACAACCAACAGAUUAUUGCCAAUCAUCACAUGCAGUCUAUUUCAUUUGCCUCUGGAGGGGAUCCUGAUACUACAGACUAUGUUGCCUACGUAGCUAAAGAUCCAGUUAAUCAUCGAGCUUGCCACAUACUGGAAUGCCGCAAUGGAAUGGCCCAGGAUGUCAUCAGUACCAUAGGUCAGGCUUUUGAACUCCGGUUUAAACAGUAUUUGAAAAAUUCUUCCUUGAAUACUUCUUGUGAAAGUGAGGAGGUGCAUGUUGAUGGCCAUGCUGAGGAGAGAGAUCAUGAGUAUUACAAUGAAAUCCCAGGAAAGCAGCCACCAGUAGGUGGUGUUUCAGAUGUGCGCAUCAAAGUUCAAGCCACAGAACAAACGCCAUACUGCCCCAUUCAAUGUGAAAAGUUGUGCUAUUUGCCUGGAAACUCCAAGUGCAGCAGUGUAUACGAGAACUGUUUAGAACAAAGCAGGGCAAUAGGUAAUGCACAUGAGAGAGGGGUGCAGUCCCAACGAGACACCUCAUUAAUGAAACACACAUGUCGAGUGGAUCUCUUCGACGACCCCUGCUACAUUAAUACGCAGGCUCUUCAGAGUACACUUGGCUCUGCCCGAAGUCAAGGCUUAUCUCAGCAACUGGGGAGCCUAUGGCACCAUGAAAAGGCACCAGAAACCGUUCAGCCAGGUGCCACGGCUCAGCCUGCCAGCUCACAUUCUUUGCCACACAUUAAGCAGCAGCUGCGGAAUGAAGACUGCUACCACGGCAAAUUGAGCAGGAAGGCAGCAGAGAGCCUCUUGGUAAAGGAUGGGGACUUUUUGGUUCGAGAAAGUGCAACAUCUCCUGGCCAAUAUGUGUUGAGUGGACUGCAAGGAGGCCAGGCAAAACAUCUUCUCCUGGUGGAUCCUGAAGGCAAGGUAAGGACCAAGGACCAUGUAUUUGAUAAUGUUGGUCAUCUGAUCAGAUACCACAUGGAUAACAGUUUGCCAAUCAUCUCUUCUGGAAGUGAAGUGAACCUUAAACAACCAGUGAGAAAAGAUAAUAAUCCAGGACUUUUGCAUUCCAACAAAUGACGAUAUGGAAGUGUCAUCCCACUGAUAUUUCAGGAAACUCCAUUUUGUGUUAGGACACAAACUUGGCUUCUACAUAAAAUAGAGCCCAAACUGUGAAGUGCGUCUUUCCAAGACCGAUGUGGACUAGGUCCUUUGUAAAACAAAGAACUAACAAAACUGAUCUUCAGAAAGUGAAAAUUCAGAAAGGGGAAGUGGAUUGGUCCAUUUGAAAAGAAAUUAUGCAUAUGCACGGAUGUCACUUUUUAAGGCCAGAAUACAUUGAUAACAAACUAAAAAGCACAAUUAAAACUUCACAUGCUAAAGACAACUUGAAUGAACUGCUGGGGCAGUGGUAUGUGCCUUUCAACUUGGUUAUUUUGGGACAUUUUCAUAUCGGGGAGAUUAGUUCUAAAUGUCUUCUUGUUCUAUAACUACAGAACCAUUUGCCAAAAAGAAAAAAAAAGGUUUCCUUCUUACAAAAAUAAGCAAUUUGCUUGAUAGCUAUUGACUUUAUUGCAUUUUCUGUUUAGUAGCACUUUCACUGCAAUGUUAAAAUUAAUUUGACAUUGAAUUUGGACAGUGUCUAUGCCAGUGGAAUCAAACCAAAACCCACUGAAGCAUUGGUCUGUCCCAUUUGCUGGUCAAAGUGUUGCAGCCCAAAUUCUUUGGCCUAGGAUUUCUCAGUCUUUGCUGUUUGGAUCAUUUGUAGACAGCAUGUAACAAACUGAGAGACCAAAUCUAUCAGUCAUUUCUGAUUUCAUCAUAUUUAUCCUUCUUCCCUCUCACAAAAAGA